AGAGAGAAUUAAUGAGUAGAAAAGGUGCUGAGACGGAGAAAACAGGACGGAUUUCCAUCUCCAAUUUGAAACAGUUUAGAGCCGGAAACAAACUUCCCGAGAAGUUCAGAGAGAGAGAGAGAGAGAGAGAGAGAGAGAGAGAGAGAGAGAGAGAGAGACUCGGUGCAUAGUAAAUCCGUGUCAUCCUCCAACCAGCAGCGGCAGCGACUGACACUCGGCUCUGACUCCAUCCACUUACCAAACUUCUGAAAAAGUUUUUCUACAUGAGUUUUUCUAAACGAGUUUUCUAAUUUACGAUGGUUGAUAACAGAAGAUGAAGAAGAAGCGUUAAUGUUGUCCUAAAGUGGCUUUUGUUUUGCAGCCUGUGUGGACAUGUUGUCUCUGUCAGCUCUUCUCGGCCUCAAACUGUGCACAGAUGUCUCUUCACCCUGACAAGCUGGAGUAGAAACAAACAAACAAACAAACAAACAACAAAACAGUUUACGCCUUCACAAAACUGCGAUCAAGUCUUAAAUUGUAAGCCAUGACUUCGUCCACUCCUCCCUCCUCUCGUAGUCCUUCCCCUCAGAAGGUUUGCCAUUCCCAGACUCAGACAGAUGUCCUGAAGCCGUUGCUGGGCGGAGGUGGUGGAGGUGUGGCAGGAGGCGGAGCUGCAGCAUUGAGGAGGCGUCGACGUGUCUUGUCUAAGGAUGGCCGAAGCAAUGUGCGCAUUGAGCAUGUCAGUGGCCGUGGAGCUCUCUACCUUCGUGACCUGUGGACGACAUUUCUGGACAUGCAGUGGCGCUACAAGCUUUUCCUAUUCUCAGCCACCUUUGCUGGGACCUGGUUUGCUUUUGGAGUGCUGUGGUACCUCGUGGCACUGGUGCACGGAGACCUGCUGGAGUUUGACCCGCCAUCCAACCAUACCCCCUGCGUGAUGCAGGUUCAGACGCUGACAGCUGCCUUCCUCUUCUCUCUGGAAUCACAGACUACGAUUGGCUAUGGCUUCCGGUGCAUAACAGAGGAAUGUCCAGUUGCCAUCAUCCUUCUCAUAAUGCAGCUAGUUAUCACAAUGGUGAUGGAGAUCUUUAUCACGGGGACCUUUCUUGCCAAGGUGGCUCGGCCAAAAAAGCGUGGUGAAACAAUAAAGUUCAGUCAGCAUGCGGUCGUGGCCAACCAUGAUGACCAACCAUGCCUUAUGAUCCGUGUAGCUAACAUGCGUAAGAGCCUACUGCUGGGGUGUCAGGUAACUGGGAAGCUGCUGCAGACGUCACUGACUAAAGAGGGUGAGACAGUUCGGCUGGACCAGAGAAAUGUGGCCUUCCAGGUGGACACGUCUAGUGACAGCCCCUUCCUCAUCCUCCCUCUCACCUUCUACCAUGUUAUUGAUGACAGCAGCCCGCUCCGCCCCUGGGCUGCCAAAGGUGGAGGCUGGGCAGACCCGGAAAUGGCAGAUUUUGAACUGCUGGUAAUAAUGAGUGCCACAGUGGAGCCCACAUCAGCCACUUGCCAGGUACGAACGUCCUACUUACCCGAUGAAAUCCUGUGGGGCUACGAAUUCCCCCCUGUCGUCUCGCUGUCCCCAUCAGGGAAAUACGUGGCUGACUUCACCUUCUUCGACAAGGUGGCUAAGACCAAGACCCCACCGUGCUUUAAGCAGACCUCUCCUUCUCGCCCCAGCUCAGACAGUUCGCGAGGUGGAGGAGGAAAGGAUCCGGAGAAGAAGAGGUUGGAGGAGAGCUACAGGGAGGAGAAGGGAUGUGAUAGAGGGAGAAUCCGAGAUAGCAGCCCACUUAGCGUUCGCAUUAGUAAUGUUUAGAGAGCGAGCGAGAGAGAUAGAGAGAGAGAGAGAGACAGACAGACAGACAGACAGACAUGUUCAGAGAAAGAGAAUCAGACUAACCGUAAGCGACUAGAAGCAGAGAAUUCACAAUAGAUCCUCUUCAGAAGACACAUUUUUCACAAACAAAGACACAUACGCACAUGUAUACUGAGACUGCUAAAUAUGAACAGUGGUAUCACCACCAUGUGGCUAAAAUGAAUAGUCUUACCUUGUUUAAAAAAUGUUUGUUUUUCUUUAUUGUACUUUCAUUUUUCUGUCUCGGACUAUGACAAGAUUAUAAAAAAAGAUAAAAAAGCCAAAAUAUGUAAAGACUAAUGAAGCACUGUACUGAUGGAUCAGGGGUACUAAGUCAUGGGACUUGUCUUUGUAUUCCAUAUUGAUGGAAUACAAAGGAUGAACUGGAAUGAUGAUAUUAUGUUACAUGCGUAUAUAUUUGUACCUAACAGUGCCAGUUUGAGUACUCAUUUGAGUAUAGAUCUAGUUUUUUAUGUUGAGUUUUUUUUAGUCACUGGAGCAACCAUAUUGAUGCAGUAUGUUAACAAUACUAAAAGCACUUUAACUCUGUGAGACGUUUUCUCUAGUUUCUGUUUUGAAAGCACUAACUAGUGUAUAUGGGGUUGUGAAUAGCUGUGCUAACUUUGCACACAUGUGUGGGUGUUUCUGUGAAUCUGUAUCAUGUCUGCUUUGUUGGUGGUAAGGUGUGGGAAAAUGGAGGGCGUAUUCUGAGCAAAAUAUUUUUAGAAAUGUACACAAGUUAUAGACUUCAUAUAUUAUUAUUAUUAUUAUUAUUAUUAUUAUUAUAUGUGAGACAUGGAUGUGUUUUUGUGGUACUAAAAACAAAUGAAAGUGGUCUGUGGUCUGUCCUUGUGGGAAGAUAUUUUUAUUCUAAUAUAUGUGAUAGUGCUCAGUUUUAAAAACUGGGACAUUAUCACUUUAAUGUCUAAUGCCUUUAAAUGACCGUUUUUAAUAAAUGAUAUGUUCAGAAGCAGUUGCAGGCUCUGACUGCUAUAUAUGUCUAAAAUGUUUUAUGAAAACAUUUUUUAAGAAAUGUUUUAUUAGGUAGCCAAAAUGUUAAUGAAAAUGGACAAUGGAAAAAAAUAACCAGAUUUGCAAACUCUUAAAUUCGUAACAAAUCGCAUGCCUCAAUUUGCUUUAGCUAUGCAUGUUUAACAUAGAGUUAAUGUCAGGAUUAAUGUAGUUUUUAUAUGAAACUGAAUGGCCCACAUUGCAGUUACUCAAUUGCAUUUGCACGCACUGUGCAUAAGAUCACAUAGACCACAAUGCACAAAAAAAAAAAAACUUCCUCUCUGGAGCAAAAAUGAGAAGCAACCAGUAACAUGAUCUUUAUUGUUUUAUAUACAAUAUAAUAGGUCUGAAUUUCCAUAGUCAUUGCACAUUUAAUCCAGUGAUUGUUUGCACAUUUGGUGUUUUCCUUGCUCUGGCACAGUGAGAACCUUGUUAUUUUUUAUGUUUUUUCCUGCUAUAACAUGGACUUUUUCAUUAAUUAGAGGACAGUAAAUACUGGGAAAUGGCCAAAAACACAUGACUACAAUACUGUACUUCCAAAGAGUACAGUACUGAAAGGAUUACCCCGGGCUGGAAAUGCAACCUUUGGAGUUUCUUGGAAGACGAAUUAGCUGGAAUCCCUCGAACAUGUACAUGGAAUAUUGCAAUUAAUUUAUUAUUAUUUUUUCCCCCAUCAGUAUCUACAUCAUCAUCAUUGUGGUUUUAAAAGUGUCAAUGAAGAAUAUCCGGGGGUCUGUGGUUUUUUUGGUCUCGCCCCCCGCCGCCCAUCAUUAUCAAAGGUGCUUUGUGUUUAUAUUGUAUAUGGUUACAGUGAUUUUACAGUGAACUGUCUGUUUGACUGGUCACUUGAAUUCGGAUUUGUUUAAUCCAACCUAAACUAACUUAACAAAACAAAUAGGCUUAUAAAUAAUAUAAACUUGGACUUGUGUGUUCUGUCAAUAGAACGUUCAAUAAACAACACUAUUACUGUACACAGUUAUAUAAUGAUUCUAAAAUUUGAAUAAAUGGAUUAUGUUCAUCAAAUACAUUUGCACCGAGUGGGUCCUUAGAAAGAAUAUAAUUAAUUGAUUAGUUGGUUGGUUCAUUUAUCAGUUUUGCAGUAUUUCUUUACAGUUAAAUAUAUCCCAGAAAGCAAAACAUUUGACAACCCUUAAUCUAGCCAAUGAGAUGUUUUUAUAUUUAAUAUACGGUCAGUCAAUAGUAAAGUAAUUCUGUUUUUCUGUCUUAGAAACUAUCUCUGCAGUUAUAUUUAGAAAAAACGUCAGUAAUUAUAAAAAUGUACAGUACUGCGUAACAUUCUACAGACACAGAUGCUAAGGCAAGAGGGUUUUAAUUUGAUAUGCAAACACAAAACAAAUAAGCAACGAACAAAUAUGAUCAAAAUUGACUUGCAACGCAACAGAAAGCUUGACUAGCAUGCUGAAAGAGAUGUACAUGGUAGGAGCAAGGUGCUAAAGAUCAGUGACACAUAUGUUAAAAUAUGAGUAAUCUGUUGCUUGUAUUGUUUCCAAGGCAUAGGAGUGGAAUCCGUCUUUAAUGUUAUCUCUGCAGGUGGGUUGGUAUAAUGCAACCUUUCUUGUGCUACAAAGAAGUAUGAAAGGAAAUCCUGAGCUCACUUCUUACACAUCCUGUAUGCAUUCAGGUCUAAUUUAAGGUAAGGUUCCACACUUAGAUUUCUUUACUAUUGCAUAUUGCAUGGCAUGAUUGCUUUUACUUGUUCUCUAAAUCUGCAUCAAUAGGAAGGAUGCUAAUAGUAAUAAUGUGAUAUGUUUCAUGUUCUUUUUGAGAAAUCUUGGGGCUAUUCUGUAGAGUGACCUCUGAAUGAUAGAAGAUCAAUUCUGAGGAAAAUGGAGGGAAGAUUUUGGUCUUGGUUUUACUCAUGUACAAAACAUGCUAAGUAUGACUCAGAAUAGGGGACUUAAACAAAUUGUAGUUUCUGUAUGGCCUCAGUUUCUAAAGCUUAGAGGGUUUUUUUGUACCUUGCAGAACAUGAUAUUAAGUGAAACAUCUCGGAUCUAAUAUUAUUCAGUAUUUCUUAUUAUGAGAUGAUGAUAAAACAUAUAACAAAAAAAUUUAAGCCUACUUUUCUUUUUUCAAGCCUGAAAUUGCCUUGUUCUAUUGGGGAAAAAUGUAGCUUAAAAAAACAAACAAACAAAAAAAACCUAAUAAUAAAUUAAAUAUUCAUUAUUUAACUUGAGAAUUUCUAUUAUUCAUUUAUUAUAUAUGUCUAGAUGUCUGGAAAUAUGCUUAAUUUAAUAUUAAUAUUUGUUUAAUCUCAUAAUGACAAUGAUUGGUAUUAUUGAAACAAUGUGAUGUGUAAUAACUGUAGUUAGACAGUGGGUUAAUGGGUCAGUCUGUCAUGUAUAUAUAUAUAUAACCCUUAAGUACAUAUCAUUUUACAAUCAUGUGAUUACUUCUCAUCCUGGAAAGCUUAAAAAAGUCCCCUCAUGUUAAUACCUACAGGGAAAUGUCUCCUCUCUCGCGCGAGAGAAACUCUAUUGCACAAUAGAAUGUUUUUUCCUCUGUUCUCACCCACAAAACUAUUUAGUAGUGCAGGUGUUUGAUCACUUAAACCCACUUUCCUGUCACGAUGAGGAGCUAUCUACACAUCAUCACAUUCAUCAUCCUGAAUUUCACAGCAGCCUCAGAAUGUGGAGCUCAGAUCCAUGUGGUUUACAAGUCAAUAGGAGAAAAAGCACAUCUCACAUUGAAAGAACAGUGGAAUAUAACUCAAGUCAAAUGGAGGAAGGAUCAUGUACUCAUUGCAAAAGUACAAGACCAAAAGCCAAAUACGAAAGAUCCAGAAAAAUUUCAUAUACAUGUUUCUGACAACUCCUUGUUUAUCAAAAAUUUGACGGUGAAAGACUCUGGACGAUAUCACGCUCAAACUGGACAAUGGGAAGAAGUUAUAAUACAAUACAAUCUGAUAGUACAGGAGGCCGUCUCAAAUCCAGUACUCGAGCAGAUUCUUUAUAACCAGUCGCACUCCUCGUCUGUUUGCCAAAUCUUGGUAAAAUGUUCUGCUGAUGGCGACUCAGUGACGUAUGACUGUGAUCACAAGCACUGCAGUCCGACAAAUGCCACAUUAACUAGGGUGAACAUUACUCUCAACUAUACAGAUAAUGGGGUGUUGGAAUGCACAGCCAAGAACCGUGUGAGCACAAAACGGACAUCAAUAACCCUGAGUAACAUAUGUUCAGAAAAAGAAACAUUACCUGAUAAAUCCAGCAACUACAUUUUCGUUCUAAUAAUCAUAAUAAGUUGCACUGUGGUGUUCGGUGUCCUGAUGAUCUGCAUUAUCAAACUUUUGCACAAUACCACAAAGAAAGAACAGAAUGAAGGAACAUAUCAAGGAGAUAAAGGUGUAAACACGAUCUACAGUGUGGUGCGCAAGCAACCAAGAACUGAGACUCCAGCACACAGCAGCACUGCAGAAACUGCAACAGUUUACGACGUUCCUUCGAAAUGUGCCAGGGCACCCCAAAGUGACAGUGGUGACAGUGUGCAAAAGGAUGACACACAUACAGUUUACUGGAAGUUGGGGCAGACACAAGACCCAUGAAGCAAUCUGCAUAUUAUAUAUAUAUAUAUAUAU